GCUGUAUAGCACUGGGAAAUGUAGUUGAGUCAUUUAGCCCAGUGUCAAGAGCUCUGGUGCCACAACAAACUACCAAUCCCCAAGACUCCAUAGCAACGUACCAUGGCAGUUCAAGCGGUGUUGAACUGGGUUAUGUCUACAGUGCAGACACAGCUGAAGGAAAAUAAUUCACCCAGAAAAGAGUGGUCUCCAGGGAAAUCUCCAGUUUCAUCCAGGGAAGUGGGAUUGGAACAAGGUUUGGCUCCCGGAACACUAGCAAACUAUUUCCAGAUUUCUUCCAAGCCUCAAAAUAAAGAUGAAAACGCACAAGGAAGCAACAAAGGGAAGGAUGUCCCUAUGGAUGCACACAAGAUGGCACAGAGGUUUCAUGUAAAGAAUAAGGACCUCAAGAUUCCCAAUGAGUCGCUGAGAUGUCCGUACACGGGUCCCAACACUAAAGGCUCUCCGCUUGAAGAUAAAACGUCAGCAUUGCUGAACAAUUUUUUAAUCUGUGACCAGACUAAAUUGUUUGUGACUAAUGACGGUGGUUCCAUUGAAAGUAGCCAUGAUGGCUCUCGCAGAUCAAACAUAAACGGAGAACCAAAAGCAAAUUCUCUGGUGUCUGCUACCUAUUUGCUGCCCAGCCAGUCUGUAGCAUUGAAGCCCAGCAAUCCAGAAAGGGAUUUGAAAAUGAUUGAUAACGCCAUUAGUUUGCCACCGUCCUCUGCAAAUGAGAUAAACCCUGUAUCUGGUUCAACAAUACCUUUGAAGCAAAAAAAAUUAAAGAGCUGUCCUGACAAUGCUUUAUCUAGGGGCUGUGAUCCACAGUUCAAUCCAUUAUAUGAGCCCAGUUGCCAUUUUUGUGGACUAUUUGGAUCCUUGAGAUGCACACAGUGUAAACAAAUAUGUUACUGUUCUGUGGAUUGUCAGAAGAAAGACUGGCAAAUGCAUAGUGUCGUUUGUAAACCAGUUAAACUGAAUACAGAUAAAGUUGAAGAUAAACCAAAAGCAUUGGACGAAAUAAAGAAAAAGGAAAAUGUGCUAUCUGUGAACACUAAUGAAACAGAAGGACAAGACAAGAAAACAAUGAUUUCUGAUUUGAACAUGUUGGAACUCAAAAAAAAUAUGAAAGUAGAGGGCACAGUAACAGAAUUCCUUAAUCCUAAUGAGUUCUAUAUACAAAUCAACUCGCCAGAAGUUCGAAGUAAUAUAAGCAAACUUAUUGUGAAACUCAAAGAUCAAGGUGCAGUAAUUCAAGAUGAGUAUAAUCCUACCAAAGGGGAAGUUGGUAUUGCAGAGUUCUCCUUGGAUCAGAAUUGGUAUAGAGUGCUUAUAAAUGAUGUGGAUAUUCUUAAGAAGAAUGCUCAUGUACUAUUUAUUGACUUUGGAAACCAGGAAGUUGUACAACUAAAUAAAAUUAAACGACUGCCCAAAGAUAUUGCUCACUUCCCGCCCUGUGCCAUUAAGUGCUGUGCUGAUAAUGCCCUUUUUGUUAAAGAAGAAUGGAAUGGAAUCUGCCGCAAUGCUGUUGCUCCAGUUCUUAUAGGAACAUAUUGUUCCUUGACUAUUAUUAAUAUUUUAAUGGAUGAAAUUCCCUGCUUUGUUGUAGAUGUUACCUUGCCAGAUUCUGGUAAACACUUACAUGAAAUAUUCUUGGAAAUGAAAGGUGCAUUGAAUUUAAAGAAUGGAAAUAUUAAGAUGAGUGAAUCAAUUACUGGUUCUUCUGUGGAAAAGCUUACCAUUCAAGAAAAGAAAAUUGAAAGCAAAGCUCAUAGUGGUUGUCUAACUCCAAACAUUAUCUCACUAUCUAUAGGAGAUUCAUUUUUGGGUAUGGUUGCCCAUAUACAAACUCCAGGAGAUUUUUUUUGUCAGCGGAUGGAAAAUGGCUGCAAAUUGUCUGAACUUCAAGUAUCCCUGAAUGAAUACUGUGCCAGAAUCUCUACUAGCAAAGAUUUCUGCCCUGCAGUAGGAGAUACAUGCUGUGCUCAGUUUACAGGAGACAAACAGUGGUAUCGUGCAUCAGUUUUGUCCUGUGCUUCUGAAAAAACAGUUCUUGUGGGUUAUGUAGACUAUGGAAAUGCUGAAGUUCUUCACUUAAAUAAACUUCGACCAAUUGUUCCUGAAUUAAUGGAAUUAUCAUUCCAAGCUAUCAAGUGUACUCUAGCAGGUGUGAAGCCAAAAUCUAGAACCUGGUCCACAGAAGCAACUUCAGUCAUGACCAAGCUACUUCAAAAUAAAGUGGUCACCAUAAAAGUAAUAGAUAAGAAGGAGAAUACUUUUGUGGUAGAAAUUACAGAUGAAUUAAUAACUCCAAUAGUAGAUGUCUCCAGUUACCUUUUGAAAUCAGGAUAUGCGGUAGAAGAAUCUCCUUCUGUGAGAAUGGCUGAAACAAGGAUUGGUUCAUUGGAAGAAGUGAGUGAUCAAAAGGUGGACCUUGUUGAUCCAUCCUGGGUCACAUUAACAGUCAAGCAGGUGGUAAAUGUCAUGGUGUGUGUGCUGUACAAUCCCAGUGAAUUCUACUGCCAGUUGUUAAACAGUCACGAUUUGAUUGCAUUAGAAGAACUCAAUUUAUCUUUAGCGGAGUACUGCCAGAAAACAGCUCCAAAUGUUUCCAAAGUCACAAAGGGUGAUCUGUGUUGUGCUUACUUCUCUGAUGACGGUAGAUGGUACCGAGCCUUGGUGAAAAAUGCUGCUUCUGUUGAAGUCUGUCAAGUUUUGUUUGUGGAUUAUGGAAAUUGUGAAGAAGUUACUAUGGAUAAUAUCAGGCCAAUUUCAGCAACUUUUAUGAAACUUCCUUUUCAGGCAGUAAAGUGUGGUCUAUCAGGUGUAAGGCCAGUAAAUGAUGAAUGGACAAAAGAAGCAACAACAACACUUCAGACAUUCAUAGCUGGAAAGAAGCUUCAGGCCAAAGUAGUUUCUUUAAUCAAUAAUAGUGCUGAAGUAGAACUUAUUGAUAAUACUACUGGCAGUCCUGUAAUGAUAAAUGACAUUCUAAUUGAAAGACAUUUGGCUUUUAAAAAGGAGAUCAUUCCAAAUCAGAAAAUGCCUUCAGAUGAAUUAGUAGCCUGUUAUUUCCAAGAAAUGUCUCCAACUAUACAAUGGAAAACAGCCAAAUUUGCAGUUGGUGAAACAGUACCUGUACAUGUAUUAGAUGUGGUAAACCCUGGCUUAUUCUAUGUUGUACCAACAAAACCUAUAGUGGAUCCACAGGAUCUCCAUAAGCUAAUGACUGAACUUGCAGAUUACUGCAGCUUUCAGAAUGAUUGCAUCUUGGAACCAAAAGUUGGUGAACCCUGUUGUGCCAGAUUCUCAGGUGAUAACAAAUGGUACCGUGCUCUUGUUCUGGAAAUUUCCAUUUCAGAAGUGAAAGUAGCAUAUGCAGACUAUGGAAAUGUGGAAGUGUUGCCAAAUUCUAAACUUCUACCAAUAACAGCCCCCUUCUUGAAGUUACCUUUUCAAAUACUGAAAUGUUCCCUAGCAGGAAUUACAAAACCAGAUGGAAAUUGGUCCGUACAAGUAACAGAGAAGCUCAAAAGUCUCUUACUUAAUGAGUGUGUGAUGAUUACAGUUAAAGGAGUUAAUGCAACUGUUCAUGAAGUAACUGUCCAGAAAAAUGGUGAAAAUUGUAUUCUAGAGAUAGCUGACGAGCAAGUAAUUGAAAAUUCGGUGAAAGAUUGCAGCAGUGGAAAUCAAUGUGCGGAGAAAUCUAUGUGCUGUUGUACAGAAUUGAAAAAGCAAGUUGCAAAGCUUGAGCGGAUUGUUUAUUUACUAUUAAAGGACCAUUUUGGUGAAGAUAAGCUUCUUGAAAUUAUAAAGUCUUCAGAACAAUGAAGGUUCACCUUAAUAUAUGGCAUUAUAUGCGUCUAGAAUAUAAUGUUAUAUAAUCAUACUUGGGGAAAAUGCCUGUCUAAAGGGUCAGUUUCUUUAGGAUCAGUGUGGAAAAGGCAGACAUAAGUGCAAUUGCUACUGCCAACUAGAGUAGAUCGAUUGAAUCAUUUGCUGAAUGGUAAGUCAACAGUUAGAUAAAUCCCAUUGAUUUGGUGAGUCUGUUCUAAUUAGGAAUAGCAGUUAGAUUUGGGCCAGAAUAAUUUAAGUCAGUAGAAGUUCUACUAAUAACCUCAGAAGAAUAUAAAUUGCACCCAGUAUAUUUAACAUUGUUAAAUAGUGGCUUGUGAAGAUUCAGAUACAAUUAAAAGAGGCAGAAUGCUAGCCUUCAGAAGAGGACAAGGUUGGUACUUGAUUCCUCCUCAUCUCUUAUCAGUGUAACAUUAUGUUUUACUAGUGUUUGUGACAAAGAUUAGCUCUCCAGAUGCUCAUGUCCUGAGGUGUGAUGACCUCUGAUAGCGGGGAUUAUAUUAAUUUAUAAAAUAAAAGUAAAGAACCUUUGGUCUUUCAGAUGUUUUGGUUUACAGUCCAACCUAGUAUAGCUAGUGGUAAGGGAUUGUGGGAGUUGUAGUUCAAAAGAGCAGGAGGGCCUAAAUUUCCCAUCUCAACUGUAAAAAGUAUCUCAAGCCAAAGAAGUAAUUAUUCUAAAGCUUUUUUCCCCAUUAAAAAUAAUAGCCAUAGCCCAUGAAAGCAUUCAUUUAGGUUUAAAUUUUACGUUUAAGAUUCUGUAUUUAAGUUUUUAAUGUGUUUAGCCUAAUUUGAAAUGGCUGCUGUUCAAAGUAUUUUGAAACCUUCAUAAGAAGAUACAGUUGUUACUUUGCUAAUAAAAUCAUUGUCACUUUCUGAA